UUACUUUUAUUUAGGCCAUGGACGAUGACGGGAAUCACGUCAUUGUCUCUGACAAUGGCACAGGGUACGUGAAGUGUGGACAUGCAGGGAAGAAUUUCCCGGAGCAUGUGUUUCCUGCGAUGGUGGGUCGUCCCAUUAUUAGAUCUCAAGCUAAAGUCGGUGACAUUGAAGUGAAGGAUUUGAUGAUAGGUGAAGAAGCUGCUUUAUGUAGACAAAUGUUGGAGAUAAAUUACCCAAUGGAGAAUGGAGUUGUGCGUUCCUGGGACGACAUGCGGCACUUGUGGAAUUACACAUUCCAUGACAAAAUGGGACUUGAUCCGACCAAAUGUAAAGUUCUGUUGACUGAGCCUCCUCUUAAUCCUAAAACUAAUAGAGAGAAAAUGAUCGAGAUUAUGUUUGAAGAGUACGGAUUUAAAGGAGUAUACAUUUCUAUUCAGGCUGUUCUUACCUUGUACGCCCAAGGUCUGCUCACCGGAGUAGUGGUGGAUUCUGGUGACGGUGUGACUCACAUUUGUCCGGUUUAUGACGGGUUCGCACUCGCUCAUCUCACGCGCAGACUGGAUAUUGCAGGACGGGAUAUUACCCGCUACCUCAUCAAGUUGCUGUUAUUACGAGGCUACGCCUUCAACCACACUGCUGAUUUCGACACAGUUCGUGAAAUCAAAGAGAAGCUCUGUUUUGUCGCGUACGACAUCAAACAAGAGGAAAUGCUCGCUAACGACACUACUUUUAACGUGGAAUCGUACACACUACCUGACGGUCGCAUCAUAAAGCUGGGAGCAGAGAGGUUUAGUGCUCCAGAGGCCAUGUUCCAGCCUCAUCUCCUGGGACGUGACGAGAAUGGGGUUGCGGAGUUGCUCUUCAAUACCAUCCAGUCGGCGGAUGUUGACACAAGAUCAUCGUUGUACAAGCACAUCGUGUUAUCUGGUGGCAGCACUAUGUACCCUGGACUACCCUCAAGACUGGAGAGGGAGAUCAAGCAGCUGUACUUGGAGAGGGUACUGAAGGGAGAUACUAAUAGAUUGAGUAAAUUUAAAAUUAGGAUAGAAGAUCCGCCCCGAAGAAAGCAUCUAGUGUUCGAUGGUGGUAGUGUGCUUGCUGACAUCAUGAAAAACAACGAUUCCUUCUGGAUGACCAAGGCUGAGUACGAUGAGCAAGGCCUUCGGGUGCUAGAAAAGAUCGGGAUUUCGUAAAUAAUAAACUGUCAUUGUGUUUGAUAACUUUCAAACUCCAGUUGGUGCAAUAAGGAAUAGUCUUCACAUAUAUUACCGUUUUGUUUUUGUACACGAAAUACACGCUAGUAAACAUAUAAAUAGUAUGUUAUCAUUUAAUGCGAUUAUAAAUACUCAAAUUAAAAUUGUGUUUGUUCAGAAAAGUUUGUCGCAAUAUAAGCAUUGAUAACGGAGCUGAUAAUAUUAUACACCUUUUGCAGUACAUCUUACAUUGUAUCACCAAGAUAUGCGAUACAUAACACUAACGCUACAAUAAAUGCACCAAGUCUUUGUACAUUUGAAGUGUUAUAAUAAUACAACUCAAGAUAUAUAUUAUAUGUGCAAUCCAAUAUAUAAAUGUAGUUAACCAUCGUAGUAGAGCAGCAAGAUUAGUUGUCAGUCUUUUUAAUAUCAUGCAGCAAUUAUCUUAAUAUCUUAAUAAGGGACAGGGAUGACGCAUAACUUUGCAUAUUAUAUUAAUGAAUAAUGAAUAAUAAUUAUGUUUUUAAUGUUUUUUGCAUUAUGAAUGUGUAAACGUCGUUCGUGCUGUGUUAUAUUAUACACAUGAUAGUUUUUAAUAUUUUUGUCAAGGUGCUUACUAAAUGUGAUCGUAUGGUUAUUUUAAUUUGCCUAUAUGGAAUGUGAAGAAGAAUGCAAUUUAAACAUUAAAAGUGUUUUGUACGCUGUAAAAACUUUUCGAUCCCACGAAAAAGACAUAUUUUUGCGGCCGAUGUUUUGUAAGUAUGAUUUUGUAAACUUAGACCCGUGAUAUUUAGCUUUUGAUUACUCUAAUUGA